CCUUACCCCUUUUUCCAGAGCUGGGGAAGACAACACACAUGCUGCUGGGGUAGACCUGCUGCCGGACUAUGUUGUUGGUUUUGUCUCUGGAUAUAACUCUUAUCUUAUUGUUGGCUGUGCCCGGGACUCCGCAAGUCACAGUGAUCGUUGACGGAAAGGUUAAGGCCAAGUUGGGGUCGGACAUUAAGUUGUUCUGCAAAGUGAAAACCCUGGAAUUGAUAUCACAAGUCACUUGGCAGAGGAAGUUGUCGCCCAACAAUGAGAAUUUCCUAACUUACAGCAAAGGAGAGGAACCCCUGCACCUGACUCCGUUUGGGGAGAGAGUGAGAUUUCUGGGCAAUGGGGAUCUUGGAGGCUCCAUACUGAUACCCAAUGUAACCCUGACUGAUGAGGGCACCUACCUCUGUAUCUACACAACAUUUCCUAGUGGGACAAUGGAAGGCGAGAUUCAUUUAUCCAUCUGGGUGGAGCCGUCAGUGGAAGUGCAGCUAAACCCAGUUCUGUCGGGACCAAAUCCAGAUGUUAUUGCUGAAUGUGUAGCCUUUGCCUCCAAACCCGCGGCUAAUAUCAGCUGGAAUACAUAUGGUCUCCUCUAUACGUCAAAGGAAAUUCCAACACAACAUCCUAAUGGGACAGUGACAAUAAGGAGUCAGCUAUGGAUGGUGCCUUCUCCUGGACUUAAUGGGCGUCAGGCAACUUGUCUGGUUUCUCUGCCGGACCAAUUAUUUGAGAAGGUGAUACAUCGGAACAUUACAAAUAUUCAGUACGCACCUCAGGCUGUACAUAUCAGAAUACAGAGAGAAGAGAGAGACCCUCUGUUUGUUGAAUGUUGGGCAGACGGCAACCCUCUCAUCAUCUAUACAUGGAGGAGGGAGAAUGGAUCCAUUCCUAAUGAUGUGGCCCAGGUAAUGGGGAACACUCUGCAUUUUUCCAGAGGGAAUACAGAUUAUAAUGGCCUGUAUGUCUGUGAGGCCACAAACAGUAUUGGGAGAAACUCACACUCAGUCUAUUUAUAUAAAUACUCAGGUGCUGCUCCCCAAGGAAACACAGGCGCAUAUAUUGCAGUAAUCGUUAUCCUAUGUGUUAUAAUUAUUGGAAUGGCUGCGUACUGCUACUUUACGAAGUUGAAGAUGGAAAGAGAAAUUAAAAGGAAAAUAGAAGGAUUGAACCCACCUGCGUCUAGUGAAGGUGAAGAAGCAGUACCUAUAGCAGAUCUACGAUUAUCUUCAGAUAACUGACUGCCCUCCCAGCAACCAGGGAAAACAACAAGGACAUUAACAGACCAACUGCAACUGCUCAUAAAGGAUUCUUCUACAUCUUUCUCCCACCCCAAAGAGUCUGAAGUUGGAGAGAGAGAGAAGCAGGGCAGUGUUAUAGGAGUGAGGCAGAACUGUUUCUAGGCACAGGUUGGGUUAGGGUUAUAUCAAUCCUAUGCAAUUUUCCCAGCGCUUCCCUUAACUUUUAGUAAGUGGGCUCAUCUUCUUAAUUGGGUCACACCAUAAAGACCAAAAGGUUCAUCAAUACACGUUGUAUGCAGGAGGCCCCCAUGGGGCAGCCAUUAAAGGAUCAAAGAAAACACUGGCAUUCAAGAAAAGCAAAUGCAGGGUUAUACCCUU